UGAAAUUUUGGUUCACUUUCGUUUCAACCUUCACCGACGACACAUCUACCAUCACCAUCAUAUACAAUGACUGGACGCGGCAAGGGAGGAAAAGGACUCGGCAAAGGAGGAGCCAAGCGUCAUCGAAAAGUGCUGCGUGAUAACAUUCAAGGCAUCACUAAACCUGCAAUCCGCCGUCUGGCUCGUCGUGGUGGAGUCAAGCGAAUUUCCGGGCUUAUCUACGAGGAAACCAGAGGCGUGUUGAAGGUGUUUUUGGAGAACGUUAUUCGAGACGCUGUUACUUACACAGAACACGCUAAGAGGAAGACCGUCACCGCAAUGGAUGUCGUUUACGCUCUGAAGCGACAGGGACGCACUCUGUACGGUUUCGGAGGAUAAAUUAGCAUCAUCGGCUCAGACAAAAAAACGGCCCUUUUCAGGGCAACCAAAUGAAUUAUAAAGGUGUUUUUGAUUAACUUUCUUGUCGGGAUUUGAAAGGUGGU